CGUAGAGGUGUCGACUACAGAGACCUCUACACACAGUGUUUGUGAGUGUGUCUGAUGUCGCCAUUUGUGGCACUUUUACCGCAUUUGUUGUGUCAAUCAUCAGAGUCUUCACGCGGUGUGAUGUCCAUCCAUUUGAUCCAAUAGAUCAGUGGUCCUCCUGAGUGAACACUAACCGGAAGAGCCCACUGAAGGCACGCGAUGACAGACGCCGGCUUCUUCAGGGGCACGAGCGCAGAGCAGGACAACCGGUUCGCCGAUAAGCACAAGAAACUGCUGAAGCAAUUGAAGUUCAAUGAGGUUCUGGUCAACAAA